AUGGAUCCCAACCAGAAUCCCCAAGACCGUGAGCAGACUGAGGAUGUGGCCUCUUCGGGAACGCAGGGUACCUCUUUGUCCGUGCCCUCGAAUCCUGGCAAUGCCGCGACGCCACAGCAUAUUCGCGGACUAAAGCCCUUCGCCCUCAUUGAUCCCCACGGAAACUUGGCUGGACUACAGUUCCUAACCCUAACACAUGGAGGGCCACAAACCAACGUCAUGGCCAGCAGCGACAUCUGUCUCGGAGCCACCAUCUACAAGAGACCUUACCAAGCUGCGCUUGCUCAAAUCCGUAGCCAUCCAGGCCCAUACUAUAUGAUUAGAUUGGGCCCUUCGAAACUCUGGACAAGUGCUCUGGCUGCCGGCUUCCGCAGUGUCCCGAUGACAUUUCGCUUCCUGGAGUUCAUGGAGGGGGGUGCCAAACGGUUUCCCGAUCUGGGUGGAAAUGUUGGGGACGUUGUAGUGAUAUUGAUACCUCCAGGCGGGCCCGUUUUCCCAAAUGGAUACUCUCCAGUUCCUCACAAUAUCCUGCGCCCUCGAUUGGUAAUGGAGGGCAUGCUAGUUGGAACAUCUUAUUUUUCGACGUCGCGAAUUUGUCAAUUUUACUUCCCGUAG